CCCGGCAGUGAGCCGAGGCCCGCGGGAGAAGAGCCGCUUCAGCGGCGGCGGGCGCCGGUUCUGCAUCAGCCCCGGCAGGUUAAAGCAUCCUCCGGGCGCCGCGGACGGGCGGGGCCGCCGGGCAGGGUUCGCCGGUGGAGGAGCCGGGCGGCGGAGCGCACCCGUCCUGGAAUUGCUGUAUAGGAGGCUACCCCAGCUUUUUGAGAAGCAGACAUGGCUGUCACGCUGCAUACUGAUGUGGGAGAUAUUAAAAUUGAACUAUUCUGUGAGCGUACUCCAAAGACCUGUGAAAAUUUCCUGGCUCUUUGUGCUAGUAACUACUACAAUGGAUGCGUAUUUCACCGAAAUAUAAAGGGCUUCAUGGUUCAGACAGGGGAUCCAUUAGGCACUGGGAAAGGAGGUAACAGCAUCUGGGGCAAGAAGUUUGAAGAUGAAUUCAGUGAAUAUCUAAAGCACAGUGUCCGUGGGGUGGUUUCCAUGGCAAACAAUGGUCCCAACACCAAUGGAUCACAGUUCUUCAUCACUUACGGCAAACAGCCGCACCUGGACAUGAAGUACACGGUGUUUGGAAAAGUUAUUGAUGGCUUGGAGACCCUGGAUGAGCUGGAGAAGCUGCCUGUGAAUGAGAAAACCUACCGACCUCUUAAUGAUGUUCGCAUUAAAGACAUUACAAUUCAUGCCAACCCUUUUGCUCUGUAGCCACAUAAUGCCUCAACACAUUCUUCAGACUGGUCAGAUAAUUCCAAGAUUAUGGGGUUUAAAGAGCCAUCAAAAAGGGUUACUUCAGCUGGAUCAUAUCUUUGCUCAUUGAAUGCAGAAUUUUCAGGAGUUGUGACGUUGUUUGGGACUUGUCACAGAGAAGUCUUAUGCUUCAGAAGCCAGGUUUUCCAGAGCAUCUUCCAGGAGUUUGAUUUUUAAACACUGUUUUUUAUACUUGUAAAAUAAAAAAAAAGCUUAAACUUUUUCCCUAA